AUGGAACCCGAUUUCGAUAAGAAAGUUGCAGAACUUAAAAAUAAAAUUAAAAGUUUUCCCGACUUUCCUAAACCAGGAAUAUUAUUUUGGGACAUAUUUUCAGCAGUAUCAGAUGGUCCAACAUGUAAACUCUUGCAAAGUCUACUUAUACAAAUGGUUAAACAUAAUUUUCCGGAUAUAGAAGCAGUAAUAGGAUUAGAAGCUAGAGGUUUCCUCUUUUCAUUUUCACUUGCUGCUGAGCUUGGCAUUGGAUGCUUACCAGUUCGAAAGAAAGGGAAGCUACCUGGCGAAGUUGAGGCUUACAGAUAUGAUUUAGAGUAUGGUUCGGAUGUAUUAGAAAUCCAAAAGAACACUGUACAUGCAGGCUUAAAGUGUCUUAUUGUAGAUGAUCUAAUAGCAACUGGCGGAUCAAUUACUGCUGCCACAAAUUUACUGCGAAGGUGCGGUGCUAAUGUUGUUGGUUGUGUCGCUGUUAUGGAACUAGUUAAACUCAAUGGACGCAAAAACAUUCCAGAUGAUGUACCUGUUUAUUCGUUAAUAAAGUAUGAUUAG